UCAAUUGGACUGGAGGGAAAGGGAUCGUAUGAUUGUAAAAGCGGAGAACAGCAGCAGCAAGGACACGCAGCGGUGAGGUGGUGAGGGAGGUGCAGAAACCGCCAUUCUCAGAGUGGCUUGGGGACCUGCGUACUGUAGGUUCGUCCGACGCUGGCUGACACUAUUUGCAAAUCGUCUGGCCGGUUUGGGGUCGCAGCGACGGAUAUCAGGUUUCCCAGAAAGUGACAGAAAGAAGUAUUCGGGAUAGUCUCUCCCCAUCUAGGUCCAUGUCCUCGCUGACUUUUGGGAAUGAAAUACUUGGGAUCGGCGCCAAGCUGCUCCAUCGGUCUGGGAAAGUCUAUCCACAAGCGGAGACUGCUGCAGGACGAUAAAACUAGUCUGGAGUGCACAGAUGCUCACCGUCACCAAAUUCUCCUGCUGGGAGGCAUCACUCUCGCUCUCGUCCUCCCCGUCCCCGCCAACGCCGCUGAAGCCGUGAUUUCGUGUGAAGAAGCGUUCGAGACACCGAACGACCACGGCCUGGAACUUCAUCCGAGCACCCGGAAUGAGACAAAUGCAGUCGGCUUGAACAAAAGGAAACAGAGCUGCAGACCGUGCGAGCCUGGCCCGAGGAUUUCGGCGGCAUUCGCGGGUAAAUGGAGGUCGUGGACAGUCUCUCGGGAGCAAGAGUGAAGAAUGAUGAUGUCCAAGAAGUACUGUACUGU